GUGGUGUUUGAAUUAUUUUUAAUUUUAAGUGAAACUGUAACAUUUUCAUAGGAUAAAGUAUAUUAUUUCGAGUGCUCACAACUAAGUGCAUACGCUGUACAAGAGUUAUAUCGCACACAGUAACGUUUGAACAUCAGCACAAUGAGUUCAAUCAAUUCCAUCUGCCCCUUCGAGAAACAGGAAGUGAUUUGUAAAAUAUGCGAAGGCACCGACGGAGCAAUGGAAUCAAUUUUCUGCGAGCGAAACGACUACCGACUGUUGAACAAGAUCUUCAAGUCUACCAACGUGAAGGUUCAGCCAGUAUGCGGAAUCCUAUCGCCGAUAUGCGAAUUUUGUCGUACCCGGAUCGAUCAGUUCGAUGACAACUUCCAACCGCGGUGCAAAGAGUACGUAGUGGAGAAGAUCAUUUCCACCGCCCCCGAUGACGAUCCGUUCAACUGUUUGGAUUCUUGCGCUGUCGACCAGCAAGACGUGGUUGGAAAAAGUGAGGAAAUUGCCGAGAAGGCUACGGUAGAACCGUUUAAAAUAGAACCUUACGUGCGGGAAGGUCGAAUAUCUUCUGCAAAUGGAAACAAGGUAAAGGCUGAGCAUUUUGAUAACAUAGAUGUGCUGGUAGAAAUUAAGAAUGAAUCUGAGUUGAGCAGUGAAGAAGAUUGCAGAUCGUCUAAUGGGGAUCUGGGACAUGACAGUCAUCCCACGAUUGAAGAUGAACAGGAUACGAAAAACUGCGCUGUUAUUGAACCGUUGAGAAAGAAGAAGAAAGGUCGACCGAAAGUAGAGUUCCCCUUGAGUGGAAUCAAACAACCUACGAAAUGUAAAGUUUGCAACAAGACGGUGGUCUACUUGAAGGACCACAUGCGGAUACACAACGAGGAAAAAAAGUUCAAAUGUCCUCACUGCGACCGGUCGUUUUCGCAAAGUAACAACCUGAUCUACCAUGUAAGAAAGCAUACGGGAGAGAAACCGUUCGCCUGUGAUAAAUGCGACAAGAGUUUCAUUUGUAAAUCACAUCUGCUGUCACAUUCGCGUACCCACGUCAACGAUCAACCGUUCCAGUGCGAAAUCUGCUCAAGACGUUUCAACCAGGCCUGCAACUUGACUAAACACUUGCGCGUCCAUAGUGGUGAAAAACCGUACAACUGCAACGUGUGCAGUAAAGCAUUUAUGAACCUUUCCAACAUGAAAGCCCACGAAAAGCGCCAUCGAGGGGAGCGGAACUUUACCUGCGAAAUUUGCUCGAAAGGCUUCUACGAUAACCAUCAUCUGGAAAGACACAUGUCGGUUCACUCGAAGGAGAAACAUUUUAAGUGCGUUCGCUGCCCGAAGCAAUUUUCCACUCUGGAAGAACUCAAAGCACACGCAAUACGCCACAAAGACCCAAUGGAGGUCAAUAGCUGUGAUGUUUGCAGUUGGACCUUCACCUCGGUUCACAAGCUCAAUUUGCACCUGAAAUCUCACGAACCAACAUUGCCGGAAGAUGAGCCAGUUAGAUGUGAAACCUGCCUAAAGCAUUUCAAACGAGCAGAACAGUUGGAACUGCACCGGCAGCGCGUACACGGUGACGUCAAGCCCAAGAAGCUCCCCCGGGAGAUCAUUAUCGAUCCGGAAACGGCUGGCAAGCAGUUGGAGGGUCCCUUCCGGAAGCCAUACCGUUGUGAGGUUUGUUCUAGGGAAUUCAACCAGGCCUACAAUCUGAAGGUGCACCUCAAGACACACAUGCUGGGCGAGAAGCUGCAUUCUUGCGACAAAUGUCAACGAUUGUUUCGACGACGAGACCAUCUAGAGGCGCACCAGCGCAAGGCGGAAUGCCUGCCGGAGACGGACCCAUCUCUUGAGGAUGGUACACUGAAACCUAAAUUGGAAGCGGAACAAGUGAACGAAGGAUAUAGCCCACUGAUUGAUUUGCCCCCGGUGGCGGUUCCCGACAGGCAACAGAUAGUGGUUAAGUAUGAAAUUCAAAAUGUGUAA